AAAUUACAUGGUAGUCAAGGGGCAAAUACGGAGACAAAGUAAAUGAGUAUUGGCAUUGACUUGUGCAUUCCACGCGCCUUCUCACUUUCCUUUUCUUUCUCUUUCCCUCUUCCGAUUCAUUCACACACCAUCUGAAAAUUUUCCCGGAAAAUCACAGACAAUGCACGAUUUCUGCUUCACGAUUCCUUACGGGUUGCUGUUGGUAGGUGGUGGAGCAUUCGGGUACAUCCACAAAGGAAGCAUCCCUUCUCUGCUCGGAGGUGUUGUCUCUGGUUUGCUCCUCAUCGUCGCUGGAUACAUCAGUCUCAAUGCCUUCGGCAAACGGAAGAACUCUUACUUUGCUCUGUUUCUUGAGACCGUUUGUGCAACCGCUCUAACUUGGGUCAUGGGGCAGCGUUACAUGGAAACGUCCAAGGUUAUGCCUGCUGGUGUUGUUGCAGGAAUCAGUGGUCUCAUGACUUUGUUUUAUCUCUACAAACUAGCAACUGGUGGCAACCAUCUACCUGCCAAGGCUGACUGAUGAUAACAUGAUAUAUAUCUCAUAUUUUCGUACUAAUACAGAUACAUUGUGCUACCUACACACCUUAGAUGGUUGAGAUAUCUGAUUGUACUUGUUUGUAUACUUAGUGAUUUCAGAGUGUGGAACAGAUAGUUGUUGUUCUUGUUGUCUUCAUAUAUGUAGGAGAAUUGGGCAUUCUUGCAUCAAUCUUUAAGCAGCACCUUUUCUUUUUUCUUUCCUUUCUCUUCUUGUAGCAUUGAGGUUGCCCUAUAUAUGCAACACUGGGUCUUAUUUGUUGAAUGAUUGAUAAACUUGACGAAAAUUCCAAAUGAAAUGUAUUGAGACUUAUUACUUGAUUAA